AUGUCAUAUAAAUCUGACAGCAUUCUCUCUCACGCCCUGCCGCAUUCUCUCUCUCGCUCUGCCGCAUUCGCUCACUCUCGCUCUUCCGCAUUCUCUCUCACUCUUGCUCUGCCGCAUUCUCUCUCUCUCGCCCUGCCGCAUUUGCUCACUCUCGCUCUUCCGCAUUCUCUCUCUCUCUCGCUCUGCCGCAUUCUCUCUCUCACGCCCUGCCGCAUUCUCUCUCUCGCCCUGCCGCAUUCUCUCUCUCUCUCGUGCGCGCGCGCGCGCUCUGCCGCAUUCUCUCUCACGCCCUGCCGCAUUCUCUCUCUCUCGCUCUGCCGCAUUCGCUCACUCUCGCUCUUCCGCAUUCUCUCUCACUCUUGCUCUGCCGCAUUCUCUCUCUCUCGCCCUGCCGCAUUUGCUCACUCUCGCUCUUCCGCAUUCUCUCUCUCUCUCGCUCUGCCGCAUUCUCUCUCUCACGCCCUGCCGCAUUCUCUCUCUCGCCCUGCCGCAUUCUCUCUCUCUCUCGUGCGCGCGCGCGCGCUCUGCCGCAUUCUCUCUCACGCCCUGCCGCAUUCUCUCUCUCUCGCUCUGCCGCAUUCGCUCACUCUCGCUCUUCCGCAUUCUCUCUCACUCUUGCUCUGCCGCAUUCUCUCUCACUCUUGCUCUGCCGCAUUCUCUCUCUCUCUCUCUCUCUCUCUCUCUCUCUCUCUCUCUCUCUCUCUCUCUCUCUCUCUCUCUCGUGCGCACGCGCGCGCGCUCUGCCACAUUCUCUCUCACGCCCUGCCGCAUUCUCUCUCUCUCGCUCUGCCGCAUUCGCUCACUCUCGCUCGUCCGCAUUCUCUCUCACUCUUGCUCUACCGCAUUCUCUCUCUCUCUCUCUCUCUCUCUCUCUCUCUCUCUCUCUCUCUCUCUCUCUCUCUCUCUCUCUCUCUCUCUCUCUCUCGUGCGCACGCGCGCGCGCUCUGCCGCAUUCUCUCUCACGCCCUGCCGCAUUCUCUCUCUCGCUCUGCCGCAUUCGCUCACUCUCGCUCUUCCGCAUUCUCUCUCACUCUUGCUCUGCCGCAUUCUCUCUCUCUCGCCCUGCCGCAUUCGCUCACUCUCGCUCUUCCGCAUUCUCUCUCUCUCGCUCUGCCGCAUUCUCUCUCACGCCCUGCCGCAUUCUCUCUCUCGCUCUGCCGCAUUCGCUCACUCUCGCUCUUCCGCAUUCUCUCUCACUCUUGCUGUGCCGCAUUCUCUCUCUCUCGCCCUGCCGCAUUCGCUCACUCUCGCUCUUCCGCAUUCUCUCUCUCUCGCUCUGCCGCAUUCUCUCUCUCACGCCCUGCCGCAUUCUCUCUCUCGCCCUGCCGCAUUCUCUCUCUCUCUCGUGCGCGCGCGCGCGCUCUGCCGCAUUCUCUCUCACGCCCUGCCGCAUUCUCUCUCUCUCGCUCUGCCGCAUUCGCUCACUCUCGCUCUUCCGCAUUCUCUCUCACUCUUGCUCUGCCGCAUUCUCUCUCUCUCUCUCUCUCUCUCUCUCUCUCUCUUUCUCUCUCUCUCUCUCUCUCUCUCUCUCUCUCUCUCGUGCGCGCGUGCGCGCUCUGCCGCAUUCUCUCUCACGCCCUGCCGCAUUCUCUCUCGUGCUCUGCCGCAUACUCUCUCUCUCUCUCUCUCUCCCUGCCACUCUCACGCUACCUCUCUCUGCCACUCUCGCAUCCCCGCUCAUUGCCGCUCUGGCUCUCUGACGGCCCCACUUUCUCUGUCACACCCUUUUCCCUCAUCUCCCUGGCCAGUUCACCUCAGUCCCUCUCUGACCAAUUCCCUCCUCCUUUGCCACGUUCACUCCCUCUCUGCCCCAUUCACUCACGCUCUGCCCCAUUCACUCCCUCUCUGCCCCAUUCACUCACGCUCUGCCCCAUUCACUCCCUCUCUGCCCCAUUCACUCACGCUCUGCCCCAUUCACUCCCUCUCUGCCCCAUUCACUCACGCUCUGCCCCAUUCACUCCCUCUCUGCCCCAUUCACUCACGCUCUGCCCCAUUCACUCCCUCUCUGCCCCAUUCAUUCACGCUCUGCCCCAUUCACUCCCUCUCUGCCCCAUGCAUUCAGAUGAGCUACCGCUGCCCUGCCUGCAAGGUCAACACCUUCUUGACCCAACAGGGCAUGGAGAGUCACAUGCGUAG